GACAGUUUUUAAAAAUGGAUUCUUGGAUAAAAGCGGCGCUAGUCAUAGAUGUUCUUGUAAUCGUUGCAAACACAAUUGAAAUUGGUAUUUUGUUAAACAAAUGGAGAACUUUAGAUCGCAUUGAACAUUUAUUACUUAGCCUUUCUAUUUCAGACUUUUUAACUGGCAUAACGAUGUGUUGCCAAGAUGUCUUGUUAUUAAAGUAUGUUUUAUUUGACGAACCUCCGACAGAUAUUGCAGUAACUAUUUUAGAAUGCAUGUUUCUUUUCUCAGUGUUUGCAUCAAACUUUCAUGUACUUGCAAUAGCGGUUGAAAGGUUUUUUGCUGUAGUAUUUCCAAUGAAACACAGAUUGUUUACAACAAUCAAAUGUAAAGUGUUUACAAUUUCUUUUGUGUGGAUAACUGCGACAAUAUUGUCUCCUAGCAUAUGGUUUCUAAUUCAACAUUUUGAAAGUGGAAAAGAUGUUAAAAAAUUUGGCUAUUAUGCAUAUGCUGCAAUUUUAAUGUUUGCUUGCAUAUCAGUGUUUAUUAUCUAUUUAGCACUAGCCGCUGCUUUAGUUAUUCGAAAGUGGUUAAUAUCAACUAUGCUGCCAGAUCAGAAAUAUCGAAAUAGCAAUACCACUUGGUUUUGUUUACUUAUCGGAUUUUCAUUUAUUGCUUGUUUUUUACCGAUGUCGUUAGGGCAUUUGUUCGUCUUUGCACAUCCAAUUGCUUCGCUGCUGUUUGGUUUGAAUCAUUUUUUAAAUCCAUUUAUUUAUUUUGCUAAAUAUUUUUACACGCGUAAACGAAGUGUUCAUUUAGAGAAAAAAAGCCGGUAUAUAUCAAGGGUGCGAUUGCUAUCACGCGGCGAUUCUGCAGUAAAAGACCAAUCAAAAAAAUAGAAUUCUUUUAAAACUUUCUUUUAGAUCCUACAAAUUUGCAAAAUUCUGAUUGGUUGUUUUCCAUCGAAUUUUAGAAACGUUUAAAUAAUUAAGUAAUUUUAUUUGAAACUGUAAUUUAUUUUGUUUGAGUAAUCAAACUGUAAAUAUAACACAAAUUAAUAUUUUCAUGGAAAUCGAUUGAUGCACGAUCACAAUGGUCACAUCGAUGACUAGACGAUCACAUUGCUUCAAGCGAUUUAUUCAAACAUUUAUGAAAGCACAAAGAAUUUAAAGGAUUAUCUUUAAAAAAAAGUUCUUUUAAUUUUACGUUUUUUUAAAAAAAAAAAAAAAGUU